AUGGCCACCGUCAAUUUCAUCUCAAGCACUGCCGAGCUGAGCCGCGUACUUGCAACACUGACCAUCGCACCAACCUCACUCCCUUCCUUGUACAACGACGUCAAAGGCGCGAACCUAUCCCGACAUGGUACCAUAUCUCUCCUCACGUUGUACGAUCACCCAGCCUCUAAAGUCUACCUCAUCGACGUACACACUCUAGGUCUAUCAACCUUCACGGCCCCAGCAGAGGCUUCCCCCAGCGGCAGCCCCGUCUUCUUCGACGUACGCAAUGACUCUGAUGCACUCUUCUCCCUUUUCGGUGUCAAUCUCAAGUGCAUUCAUGACCUGCAGCUCAUUCAGCUGGCCACUACCCAUCCCCGGAGGCGAGCCUUCGUAUCAGGUCUUGAGUGGUGCAUCCAGUCGGACGCGUCGCUCACAUAUGGCCAGCAGCAAGAGAGCGAGCGGAUCAAGAAACUCGGAAAGGAGCUGUUCGCUCCGGAACGAGGUGGCACUUACGAAGUCUUCAAUGAGCGGCCUCUGCGGCCCGAGAUCGAGAAGUACUGCGUGCAGGACGUGCUGCACAUGCCCACCCUCUGGUGUGUCUAUAACGGUAAGCUGACGAACCCGUUCUGGGUCUGGGUGGUUAGAGAGGACACAGAGAUGAGAGUCCGGGAGAGUCAGACUCCGGGGUAUGUGCCAAACGGACCGCAUAAACGGGUGGGUUGGAGGGCGGACGACAUCGAGCAGGCGAGGAAUCGUUGGGAGAAUCAAUAG